GCUGGCCCGCCACAACAUUAAUGAUAGACGAUAUUAAAUAGCGAUUAGCAAUUACGUAAUUGGACUAUUGGAGUUGCACUCGCACAUCUUAAUAUUUUUCGACGUGCGACGUGCUCAUUGCUCAAUACCUACAAUUGUCCUACAUUAUUAUAAGACUAUAAUAGUAGUAACUAGUAAGUUGUAACAUUACUGUUGUGUCAUGUCCGGUAAACGAAAGGGCGGAGCUGAAAAAGCCCGUGAAAAGAAAAGAUUGUUGCUUUUGAAUGCGAGCGAUAAAUGUUAUAAGUUAAAGGACAUGUUUUCAAAAAAUUCAAAACUUUCAAAUACGCCAAGUACAUUGAAAUCUGACACCAAUGCUGUUGGGCAAUCCAAUGAUAGAAUCGUUUUAAAUGAAAUAAAAGAUCUUGUUACAGUCGAAAAAAUCUAUUCAAGUUUAUCAAAUGAUAUGUUUGUUGAUACAUCACUGAAAACUAUGUCCAAUGUAACAAAUCUUAUUAUGGCAGAUAAAAUUGAUUCAAGUGUAUCCAAUGAUAGUAUUGUACCCGUACAUAAUAAUGAUCCGAUAAACCAACUUCCAGUGAAUCGUCUUGAACUCAGAAAUCGAAUAAGAGCUGGUCCAUACCGCCCAAUCAUGGAAUCUUAUCCAAAAACAAUGCAAGGAGCAUCAGAAAGAUCGUUUCAAAAAUCCUGGUUUGAAAAAUAUGUAUGGUUAGAAUAUAGUCCAUCUAAAGACCUAGCAUUUUGUUUUCCAUGUAGGAUCUUUAAGGGUAAUAAUUUAAACAGCAGUCAAUUAGAUGAUGCAUUUUCUAAAACUGGUUUCUGUAGUUGGUAUAGAGGUAUUAAUCGUUUUAAUAAACAUCAAAUUACUAAAUCCCAUAUUUUUAGUACCCAAGCAAUGGCUGAUUACUUAAAUACUACUUCUAUUGAUCAACAAAUAGAUAUAAGUAGAAAAGAAUAUAUUUCCAAAUGUGAAAGUGAUCGUUUGCACAAUAGAAAAAUUAUGAAGCGUUUGAUAGAUAUAACUUUGUGUCUUGUUAAAGGAGGAAGGCCUUUUAGAGGUCAUGAUGAAGGAGAAAAAAGUAAUCAAAAGAGUUUAUUCAAAGAAAUAGUUAAUACUUUUGCUAAAUAUGAAAUAGUUUUGAAAGAACACUUUGAAAAUGGCCCAAAAAAUGCAAAAUAUACCAGUAAUAGAAUCCAAAACGACCUAAUUAGUUCCAUACAUAAUGUUCUUAUUAAAAAAGUAAAAGCAGAUUUACAAAAUGUAUAUGUUUCAAUCUUAGCCGAUGAAACUAGUGAUGUUGGUCAUCAUGAGCAACUUUCAAUCGUUAUACGAUAUUUUGAUGAUCAAAUGAAUAGACCUGUUGAAACUUUUCUCGAUUUAGUACGGUUAGUUUCUGUUAAUGCUGAAUCUAUAUUCACAGCUAUAAGUAAUAUUAUACAUUCCAAAUUUGGUAUAGGUUGGUCAUCAAUAAUUGCUGUGUGUUUUGAUGGGGCCUCUACAAUGUCUGGUAAUAUAGGUGAGGUACAAAGAAAAUUCAAAGAGAUGAAUGCAAACAUUUUGUAUGUACAUUGCUAUGCACACUGCUUAAAUUUGUCAUUAAUUGAUUCAAUCACAAGUAAUACAAGUAACAAAAAUCAAGUAGUAUUUAACUUUUUAGGAUCUGUUCAAUUUUUAUACUCUUUCAUUGAAGGCAGCCCUACUCGACAUGCUAUUUUUGAAAAUAUAGCUAAAGAACAUGGGUCUAAUCUUCAAACGUUAAAGUCAUGCUCAACAACAAGGUGGGCAUGUCGCUCAGAGGCAGUAAAUGCUAUUAAACAUAACUAUAGAGCAUUAUUAAAAGCGUUAGACGAAAUAACAAAAAAGAGUUUGCUGCCAGAUGUAAAAAUGAAGGGCUUAGGACUUCUAAAGUCAAAUCAAAUCAUUCAAUUUUAUUUUUUGUAUGAAUAUGAUGCAACCUAUUUUACAACUAGUUUUAAAAGUGAGUUCUUCAUUACAAACUCCAAAGUUAGAUCUUUUAUCUGCAGUUAA